UCAGCUGACUGACUAAACUAAUAGUAAUUUUAACUUCUUAUCUGUCUAUAUACUUUGAAUCUUCAAGGAUACCAUGUCCAUCUCGGAUAGUUAGGGGAUGCAGAGAGAGAGAGAGAGAGAGAGAGAGAUGGGAACUUCAAUUCUAAACUCCAUGGAUAUUUCCAGAACUGAUGCUGAAGGAGUUGUCAUCGAUUCUUCCAAAGAGCUUGAUGCUGGAGCAUUGUUUGUGCUCAAAUCCAGAGGGUCCUGGUUGCACUGUGCAUACCACCUGACAACAACAAUUGUAGCUCCAGCUCUUCUGAGUCUUCCCUAUGCUUUAUCCUUGAUGGGAUGGUUUGCAGGCAUUUUUUGUCUAAUCUUGUCAGCUCUAGUUACAUUUUAUUCCUAUAAUCUUCUGUCACUGGUUUUAGAGCACUAUGCACAGUUUGGGCACCGCCAGCUAAGGUUUCGGGACAUGGCUAGAGAUAUUUUAGGUCCGAGAUGGGGUAAAUACUUUGUAGGUCCAAUUCAGUUUGGUCUAUGCUAUGGUGCAGUUAUUGCUUUAACUCUUCUUGGAGGGCAGAACCUCAAGUUCAUUUACUUGCUUUGUAGCUCUAAGGGAAGCAUGCAACUUUACCAGUUUGUUAUGCUUUGCGGUGUGCUUAUUCUGGUCUUGGUGCAAGUCCCAUCCUUCCAUUCUCUGCGCUAUAUCAACUUUGUCUCCCUAGUUCUUUGCCUUGCAUAUAGUGCUUGUGCCACUGCUGGAUCCGUAUACAUUGGAAGUUCCAAGAAUGCACCCACAAAGGAUUAUUCUGUGAAAGGAAGUAAGCAAAACCAGGUCUUUGGAGCCUUCAAUGCAAUUUCAAUCAUUGCCACAACAUAUGGCAAUGGAAUUCUCCCUGAAAUCCAGGCAACAGUAGAACCGCCGGUCCAGGGUAAAAUGUUUAAAGGACUAUGUCUGUGUUAUGUUGUUGUAGUCACAACCUUUUUUAGUGUUGCAAUCUCUGGAUACUGGGCAUUUGGUAACUCGGCACAGGGGACAGUUCUGGCUAAUUUCUUGAUUGAUGAGAAGCCUUUGUUGCCAACUUGGGUUCUCUUGAUGACCAAUGUGUUCUCACUCUUGCAACUGUCAGCUGUUUGUGCGGUUAACCUACAACUAACAAACGAAGUACUUGAGCGCAAGUUUGCUGACCCGAAAAUCAAUCAGUUCUCAAUUCGCAAUGUUGUUCCGAGGCUGAUUCUUCGUUCAUUAUCUGUCAUCAUAGCCACAACUCUUGCAGCAAUGUUUCCUUUCUUUGGAGACAUCAAUGCAGUGAUUGGAGCAUUUGGGUGCAUACCCCUUGAUUUUGUCUUGCCAAUGGUUUUUUACAAUGUUACUUUCAAGCCCUCCAAGCAUGGACUAAUCUUCUGGGGAAACUCAUUGAUUGCCACAAUUUUUUCAGCACUAGGCUUGUUGGGAGCCAUUUCCUCAAUUCGGCAGAUAAUUAUUGAUGCCAAUACCUACAGCUUAUUUGCUAAUCUGGAAGUUAAUGUAAAAAUCUGCAAUCAUCUUUUGGUUGUAGGCUCUUGGUUGCACUGUGGAUAUCAUUUGACCACAUCGAUUGUUGGCCCUGUAAUCUUUAGUUUUCCCUUUGCUCUGUCCUUACUAGGCUGGGUGCCAGGCGUUCUGAUCACAACUCUUCAAGCUCUGGUGACCUUUUACUCCUACAAUCUCCUUUCUAUGGUUUUGGAGCACCAUGCUCAGCUUGGGAAGCGACAACUUCGGUUUAGAGACAUGGCCAGAGACAUUCUUGGACCUAGAUGGGGCAAAUAUUUUGUUGGUCCACUUCAAAUUGCAAUAUGCUAUGGUGCUGUUAUUGGGUGUACUCUUCUUGGAGGACAAAGUCUUAAGUUCAUUUACUUGCUUUACAAUCAAAGUGGGAAAAUGCCGCUUUACCAGUUUAUAAUUAUCUUUGGAGCUGUGCCACUAUUCUUGGCACAAAUACCAUCCUUCCAUUCACUAAGACAUAUCAACCUUGCCUCCCUACUCCUUUGCCUUGCUUACAGCGCAUGCGUCACAGCUGGUUCCAUACACAUAGGAAAUUCUAAGAAUGCACCUAUCAAGGACUACUCUAUAAAGGGAUCAACAGAAAACCGUUUUCUUGGUGCUAUAAAUGGUAUUUCAAUCAUUGCCACCAUGUAUGGUUGCGGAAUUAUUCCUGAAAUACAGGCAACUAUAGCUCCUCCAGUCAAGGGCAAGAUGUUCAGAGGUUUAUGCAUCUGUUUUGCUGUAAUAGUCAGCACAUUUUUCAGUGUGGCAAUCUCUGGAUACUGGGCAUUUGGUAAUCAGUCUCAACCAACAGUUAUUUCCAAUUUUAUGGCAGAAAAGAGGACGUUGCUGCCAGUUUGGUUUCUCCUGGUAACCAACAUCUUCACUCUUAUGCAACUGGUUACAAUAACAGUGAUUUACCUGCAACCGACAAAUGAACUAUUUGAAAACUGGUUUGCCAACCCAAAGAUGGAUCAGUUCUCUGCGCGUAACGUCAUGCCAAGAUUGGUUUUCCGGUCACUAUCAGUGAUUAUUGCAACUACAAUUGCUGCAAUGCUACCUUUCUUUGGCGACAUUAUGGCAUUGUUUGGAGCAUUUGGAGUUAUUCCUCUGGAUUUUAUUUUACCUAUGGUUUUCUACAAUAUCACUUUCAAGCCAUCAAAAAAGGGCAUAGUAUUCUGGGGAAACACACUGAUAGCAGUAGCAUCAUCAGGAUUAGUAGCAAUGGGAGCUGUGGCUUCGGUUAGACAGAUUAUUCUUGAUGCCAAGAGAUAUAACUUGUUUGCUAACAUGUAAUAUUAAAUACUACUCAUCAAGUAAUGGAGAAAAACUCAACGCAACCGGUUAAACCGUGUGUUCUUGGUUUUUUCUUUGUGCUGUUGAAAGCCAUCCAGGACUGUUUGGGUCGCUAUGCGGCUGCAGAUGUCGGUAUCUAAUGUGCAUUUCCAACUCUUAUGGAAAAGCAUACUGGAAAUUGUAGGUGCAAUUUUGUUAGUUCUCUGCUAGUUCGUUAAGGUUAGCAGUUUUGGUUUUCCUCCUCAUUGCUAUUUAGUCCUCGUCAACAACCUGCAUUGC